AUGUCACAAUCAUCACAAGAUGAAACUAUUAAAUGUAUUGAGGGAUAUGUUAACCCGCAAUCAGAAGAAUCUAAAAAAACAUCAUCGUUAAAUUCAAUUCUUUUAGGUUUGGUAUCAAAGAGAAUUGAUAUUCAAGAUAUAGUUUUAGGUUUGGGUGACUAUUUAAAUACCAAAGAUUCAAUAUUAAGAGCUAGGGGUACUUUAUUAUUAUCAGAAGUGUUAUGUAGAUUACCAGAUUACAAAUUAAAUCAAGAUCAAAUUCAUUUCUUAUCAAUGUUUUAUUGUGACCGUUUACAAGAUACUCCAUGUGCCGCCGAAGUAGUUAAAGAAGUUCACCCAUCAUCAUUAACACACGCCCACAGAAAAAUGGUUUUACAAAUUAUUGAAAUUAUGUUUAAUAAAUGUUUAGGUGAAAUCCAAGAAUUAAAAAAUGACUUUAUGGUUGGUUAUUUACAAUUUAUCGAUAAUGAAAAAGACCCAAGAAAUUUAAUAUACUCUUUCAAAUUAAUGCCAAAAGUAAUUUAUAAUAUACCAGAACACAAAAAUUUCUUAGAAAGUUUAUUUGAAAUCUUAUCAUGUUAUUUCCCAAUUUCAUUUAAUCCAAAAGGAAAUGAUCCAAAUGCCAUUACUAGAGAUGAUUUAUCAAAUUCAUUAUUAAAUUGUUUUUCAUGUACACCUUUAUUUGCAGAAUAUUCUAUUCCAUUUUUAAUUGACAAAAUUUGUUCAAAUUUAGUUGAAACAAAGAUUGAAGCACUAAAGGCAUUGGUUUAUUGUUGUGAUCGUUAUGGUGGUGAAGCUAUUCGUCCAUUUCUCGAAGAUAUUUGGAGUGCACUUAGAACUCAAAUUUUAACUCAUAAGAAUGCAUCAGUUAUUGAAGAAUCAAAGAAAACUAUUUUUUAUCUCUGCAAAUCAUUAACAAAAGAUCAAAAAGUUUUAGAAUCAUUUUUAGCAAUUAUGAUUAGAGAGUGUCUUCAUCAUAUCAAAUCUUCACAGGAUUCAAAAAUUGCAAUUUAUUGUGCAUCAAUUUUAUAUCAAGCAAUUAGUUCAAGUUUAUUAUCAUCAAAAAUUAUUUUAAUCCAUGUUUUACCAAAUUUAUUUAAAUUUUUCAAAGAAUUACAACAAGAAGAUUCAGUUACAAAAACAAAUGAACAAAACUCUGUUCUUGGAUUAUUUAGUGAUUUAUUAAAAGCAAACUCACUCGCAUUCGAUAUAAAUAGUACCAGCGAUACUGAAGUUAUCAAUCCAUUAACACCAUUUGUCGAGCAGCUUUAUCAACUUUUCACCGAUCUUUUAGUAAACCCAUCAUCUGCAAUUAGAGCCAGUUCAAUCGAAUGUUUAUCCUUUUUAUACAUCUCCAAAAAAGUCAAAACAAAUGAAAAUGGCGAAAAUGAAUUUUUAUUAGAUAUCGAAAAGAGACAAGUAAUCAUAAAGAAUUUAGUAUCAUUAUUGAAUGAAAACGAUAGUACACUUAGACACAAGAGUUUAGAGUCACUCUUUAAUAUAGCUUCAAAUGAAAACCCAAAAGUUAUCAACGAAUAUGCUAUCCCAACUUUAUUACAAAUGAUAAACUCAGUUCACACUGAUAGCACCACUACAGAUCAAUUAAAAGAUUUAAAGAAUUAUUUAGAGGCUUUUUCUAAAUUAUGUACUCAUCAACCAUUAUUAGAAAGUGUAAUACCACAAAUUCAAAUCUUAAUUCAACAUAAUAUUAAAGACACUUACCAAAAUGAACAAGAUUUCCAAAAAUGUAUUUUAAUCCUUAAAGCAAUCUCAUCCAUUUUAGAGAAAUCAACCAAUCAAGUAACAAUGACAAUUUGUAGCGAUUCAAUUUUACUUCCAUUAAUCAAAGGUCUUUAUAAACAAAUUAUAUUUUCAUCACCAACUACCUUUAAUUUAGAUUACUUUAACCAAAUCUUAACAGCCUCAUUGAAAAUGAUUCACUCAAUUGUAGAAAAUACCUCACUCGAUUCACAAACUAAAAAACUAUAUAGCUUAAUCGACUUAUUUUUAAAGGGUGAUUUAAAGGUUUUAGGUUUUACCGAUGAUGAAAUAUCAAAUAAACAAAUUUUACCAUUUGAAAAUAAUAUUACCAAAGAAAACGAAAACAUCAGAUUAUUAAUCCCAAUUUUCACAACCUGCAUCUCCCAAAGUAAAAGUGACUUAUCAUCAAAUGACCAAUUAAAACAAUCACUCUAUGAAAUGUCAUUAAAUACAAAUGUAUCCGAAACCACAUCAAUCUCUUGCAACAAAGCCUAUGCCUCAAUUUUAAAUAAACAACCAGACGAUGUAAACAACUACCCAACCGAUUUUGAAUUUUUCGAAAACAAUUUAAUUAAAGUUAUAAAGUCACCAGAAUCACCUAUAGAAUACCGUAUAAGAUGUUUGGAUUUAUUAACUUGGUGUACAAAAGCAUUAUUAACAAAUGGUAAUAAGAUUAAUAUUCAACUUGGUAAUUGUAUUUCAGAUAUUAUUUCAACUGUUACAGAUUCAAAUGAAAUUACCUCACGUGCUUCAAAAUCAUUCGAUAUUUUAUUAGAUAACACCGAUGUAUUAAAUGAAAAAUCUGGUUCAGUUAUUAAGAUUUUAUAUGACCAAAAAUUCUUUACUUUAAUGUUCCCAAUUUUGUUAGAAUCAUUCAAAAAAUAUAAAGCAACACCAUCAAUUUCAUCACAUUAUUUAAUGGCAAUCUCAUAUUUAUUAAGACACGUACCAAAAGAAGUUUUAUUAAGCGAAUUAAAUGAAAUUCUUCCAAUUGUUAUGCAAUCAUUAAAAUCAAAUGAUUCAAACUCCUUAGAACUAUUAGAAAGCAGUUUACAAACCUUAAAAAUGUUAAUUAAUGAAACUCCAAAUAGCUUCAUUUCUUAUUUAGACUCAUUAAUCCCAUCAUUAAUCCAAAUUUCUGUUAAAUCACCACAAUAUAAUUUAAGAAGAUUGGCUUUAGAAAUAUUAACUUUAAUUUCGAAACUAUUACCAUUCCAUAAUUUAUUCCAAUUCAAACAAGAUGUAACCACCGGUAUUAUUCCAUGUUUAGAUGAUAAAAAGAGAAUUGUAAGAAAGCAAGCCUCAAAUUGCAGAAAUAAUUGGUUUAUUUUACAAAAAUAA